GGAUUGAAUUAUACCAUUACAAUUCCAUCAACAAACAUCUCCUAUAUUCUCUCCACUACUUCACCCCUUCCUUACAAACUGCAACUGCUACCUUCCAGAGAGAGAGAGAGGGAGCAGUCAUCGGUCAUCACACGUUCCUGCAAACUCGUUCCUAUCUCCACAUCCCCAUACCCUUUUUAUUCAUUUCCCCUUUUGAGUCGAUUGGAUAUAUAGAAAGAGGCAAUCAAAAGGUUUAAUCUUUUUAAUUUUACUACUUUUUUGAAGAUAAAAGAAUAGGCAGCCAAUGUCAAGAUCAAUAGUGGUAAUAGGAUUGUGGUGGUGCUUGGUGGUAUUGGUGUUGAGGGCUGAGGGGCUUGGUGUGAACUGGGGCACGAUGGCAAACCACAAGCUGCCACCGAAAACGGUGGUGCAGCUGCUCAAAGACAACGGGAUCACCAAGGUUAAGCUCUUCGACGCCGAUCAGUCCACCAUGAGCGCCCUCGCCGGCUCCGGCAUCGAAGUCAUGAUCGCUAUCCCUAAUGCCGAACUCUCCGCCAUGAACAACUACAAUCGAGCUAAGGAGUGGGUCCGCCGCAACGUCACCCGCUACAAUUUCCAAGGCGGUGUUACCAUCAAAUAUGUUGCAGUUGGGAAUGAGCCUUUCCUUACAUCCUACAACAACUCCUUUCUCAACACCACAUUCCCAGCUCUUGCAAACAUUCAGAAUGCCCUCAAUGAAGCUGGCGUAGGAGACUCCAUUAAAGCCACCGUGCCUCUGAAUGCUGACGUUUACGGCUCCCCAGAGAGCAACCCUGUCCCGUCUGCUGGGAGGUUUCGCCCGGAUAUCCUGCCUCAGAUGACUCAGAUUGUCCAGUUCUUAGGCAAGAACAAGGCGCCCUUCACGAUAAACAUCUAUCCUUUCUUGAGUCUCUACGCCAACGAACACUUCCCUGUUGAUUACGCCUUCUUUGAUGGGGUGAGCAAUCCCAUUGCUGAUAAUGGCAUCCAGUACACCAAUGUGUUUGAUGCCAAUUUCGACACGUUGGUUUCAUCCCUGAGAGCAGUGGGACUUGGCGACAUGGAGAUCAUCGUCGGGGAGGUGGGUUGGCCAACGGAUGGAGACAGGAAUGCCAACAUAAACUACGCUUUGAGGUUCUACAGAGGCCUCCUACCACGCCUUGCAGGCAACAAAGGAACCCCUCUUCGCCCUGGUUACAUUGAGGUUUACUUGUUCGGCCUUCUUGAUGAGGACAUCAAGAGUGUGGCUCCGGGUAACUUUGAGCGCCAUUGGGGAAUCUUCAAGUACGAUGGACAGCCCAAGUUCCCAAUGGACUUAUCCGGACAACUACAAGACAAGUAUCUCAUUGGUGCGCAAGAUGUAAACUAUCUCCCUAAGAGAUGGUGCAUGCUUAAACCGGAUGCCAAGGAUUUCACCAAACUCGGAGAAAACAUCAACUUUGCUUGUACCUUUGCCGACUGCACCCCUCUUGGUUAUGGUUCUUCCUGCAACACCGUAGACGCCAACGGAAACGCAUCAUAUGCUUUCAAUAUGUACUUCCAGGCCCAGGGUCAGAAAGAUACCGCAUGCGGUUUCCAGGGGCUCGCCAUGGUGACUGAUCAGAACAUAUCUCAAGGAAACUGCAAUUUCAUGAUUCAGAUAGCUACUACGUCAUCUUCCACGCGAUUCGCACAGUUUUUCGGAGCCACCUUAUUUUUGCUCUUCUUCUCGCUCUUGUAGAUAGAGAUACUCAUCAUUCAUAAUUUUGUUUGAGUUAUUGAUAUUAAUUCAUAUUGUUUGGGCAAUUUUUCCCUAUCAUUCAAAAUGAGACCCAAAUUGAAUCUAUUGUAACUAUACAGCGUUCUCUUCUUUGAUAGAAUCAAUGACAAAUUGAUUAUUAUCGAAUGAAAUACCAAA